UUACAACAUGGAGGUCCAAAAGACAGUCUUCGUCAUGUUGGGGAUUUGGGCAACAUAGAAGUUGGAGACGAUGGCACCAGCGAGUUUAAAAUAGAAGAUGCUUUCAUUUCCUUAUCAGGAGGACCUAGGAGCAUAUUAGGAAGAGGAAUUGUGAUAACGGAAAACGAAGAUGACUUGGGACGAGGGGGAUCCGCGGAAAGCGUCCGAAACGGAUCAUCGGGAAAACCGAUUGCGUGUGGUGUGAUAGCGUACGUCCGUUAAAAAUUGUUGUAAGAACAAUUGUAAAUAAAUAAAUCGUUUAUAUUAAGACGAAAAAGGUAAAACGGACAGUCUGGCAGGAAUACUAAGUAAGUAAAUUCAUAAAGAAAGAUAACGGUCAUGUCAUGAAGCCUCCAAGUGACCAAUAAAAUUAAUUACUUAAUAUUUGCCGAUAACUAAAAAAAAAUUGUAUCAUAAUUAGUUUUUUUAUGUAGGUACCUAGUAUAUAGUACGUUUAAACUACGAAAAGCUAUUUCAAAUACGUCUACCUACCCGCGUCGAUAAUGUGAUAACAAAUUAUCUAUUUUUAUAUCUUUAAAUUGAAUAAAUAAAGGCGUCUAAAUGAAA